CGUCACUCCUCUCUUCAGUAUUCUUACCAUCUUCGAAACAGCAUCAGCACCACAAUGCAAGGUCUCCUCGGCUUCACACUCUUGGGAAGCUUCGUCUCCUACCUUCAAGGAGCGGCUGCCAGUCCAGCAACUGCCGGUGGCACUGAGAAAAGGAACCCUCUCGGUCUCAGUCUUCCCCCUUUGAUUCCCUCCAUCCCGGGAGUCACUGAGCCCCUGGCUUCCAAUGCACCCCCUCUGCCUAUCCUGCAGCUUCCUACGCCCCCCUUGGCCAGUCCUCCGUUUACUGCCUCCAACAUCAAGCCCAAGAAGAUUGGUUACUUCUGGACUGGUGCUGGUGACAACUUGCACAAGGACUUCCUGGCGACAGUCAGCUUGGAUGAUGACACCUUUGGCACAUUCAUCCAACUCACCGAUGUUCCCACCAGCGGUAAUUCUCCUCAUCAUCUUGGAGCGUCUUAUGACGGCAAGACCUUGAUUGGCGGCGGUCUCUUGUCUUUGCUCAAGACUCAGGAUACUGCCUUUUACUUUGACGUCUCGGACCCGUACCGCCCCAAGUUUGACCACAGCAACCGUGCCAUCUUGUCAUCUAUUGUCGAUGAGAUUCGAGCCAAGCCUGAUGGAGGCUUCUACAUCACCUACAUGGGCUCUGCAGUGGGCACCUCCCCCGGCCGCCUCGUCGAGACCGACGCCCGCGGCAACAUCAUCCACGAGUGGCCCGAAGUCACCGACAUCCCCUCCACCCUCAACAUCCUCGGCCAGCAGUUCUCCCCACACGGCCUCACCGUCGACUACGACAAGCAAAUCGCCCUCACCUCCGACUUUGUCGUCCCCAUCACCAUCCUCAAGCCCACCCUCGGUAUACAAAAGGCCGACACCCUCCGCCUCUUUGACCUUCGCACCCACAAGAUCCUGUCGACAAUCACCAUCCCAGGCGGCCAGGGCAUCCAGGACGUCAAAUUCAUCCCCAACCACCCCGAGACGGCCGCGCUCGCCACCGCCGUCGGCCUCGGCCAAGUCUGGGUCAUCUACCCCUUCCGCACCAAAAACGCCAAGCAAGGCACCGCCGAGCUCCUCUUCGACUUUGGCCCCAAGGCCAAAAACUCAUUGGCCAUCUACUCGGACAUCUCCGACGACGGCAAACUAGCCUACUUCACCUUCACCCUCGGCAACCACGUCGCGGCGCUCGAUAUCUCUGAUCUGAGCAACCCUGUGAGGCUGGACGACCCGAACGAGACCCAGCCUAUCAUCGGCCCUCACUACGUCAAGAUCAGCCCGGAUAAGAAGAACUUGUUGGUCCUUGGGUAUUUUGUCCAGGCGGGGGACAUCUCGGUUGUCAACACGCCUGGUGAUUACAAGGCUCACUGGUUGGAUCUGGACGCGAGCGGCAAAUUUAGCUGGAACAAGACGAUUGAUUUCGAGAGGGAGUUUGCAACCACGAGGGGUGGUGCGAGGCCGCAUAGUGUGGUUAUUUAUGACUUGAGCGAUCCGGCUGAUCCCAAGUAUUAUUGAGUGGCGGAG